UGCUCCUUAAUAAUAUUUUAGUUGUUACAAUCAUUGACGUAUAGAAUUACAGUGAGUGCCGAUUUGGUUCAUAUCAUCUGUAAAAAAUACUUUUAUUGUUAGAACAAUUGACAAACAACAUUAACUAGUUUGACUUCGCUAUAUGCGAAGUUAUGCGAAACUAUGUGUUAUCUCUUUUAAGACGAUUAAAACACAGUAAUUUUUUUAUAACCAAAUUGAUGAUUCCAUGGAUGCGUGGUCGAAUAGCAGAAGCCUGGCAUAACAGAAAGAGCUCAAGGACAGCUGAAAGGCAGUCCUUGACUCUUUCUUCCACCGACACAGGCAAUUCGGAAAGUAAUAGCACCGUACACAUGCCAUUAUCUUCAACUACUAAGUGCUUUAAUGUGAAUGUCAUCAGCAUGGAAGGUCAUGUAUUAGAUGUUGGGGUAAGAACUGAUUUCACUGUAAAAAAAAUUAAGGAAAUGGCAAUGAAACAUUUUUAUGGCCAAGAUAUAUCUAAAUCUACUUCUAAGUAUCGUUUAAUCCAUUCAUCUAAGUUUAAACAACUCAUAGAUGAUAAAAAUAUUGAUGAUGAAGAAAUUGAUGAGCAUGAUGAAUUAAUAUUAGUAGAAAUACGGCCUGUUUCUAGCAAAGAAAAUUUUCCAGAGGAAACUUUAAAAGGUCCAACUGAAGAAGCAAUAGCAAAUGCUACUAGUGAUUUACCUAUAAGAAAUCCACCUAAAUAUAUACCACCUAUUAAUUUCUCUUUUGAUUUUCAGAGUGAAACUCGUAAAAUUUUAAUAACACUUGUGCAAGCAUCAGCAAGACUAUUAAUGGGUAGUCGAGAGGCACCAAAGCUUUUUGAAAUGAUUAAAGAAAAAUUUAAAGGAAGAUGUUGCCCAAAUAUUGAUUCUAAAGCUAUAAAAGCAUUAACUGAUAUGGGUUAUUCUUUUAAAAAAGUGAUUACAGCACUUCAUAUACGAAAGUCUGAUAUGACAGAGGCUUUAGAAUGGCUGAUAGAACAUCAAGAUGAUCCAGAUGAAUAUUAUGAAGAUGAUGCGACAGUAAUUUCUUUAUAUGCCAAAACAGAUAUCAAUGAAGCAGGUCCUAGUUCUUCAACAGGCAGUACAGAAAUAACCUUUAAGGAAGCAUGUGCUGAUCUCUUUAGUGAUAGGGAAGCUCAAUUCGUGAAAGAGAAUCUAGUAAAUAUCGUAACUCUCUUAUUAGAAUAUUUCCGGCAAUUUAAGAAAUUAAAUUUUAAAGCAAAUCCAAGAAUGAUAGAAACAUUUUUGGAAAUGGGUUUUGAAGAAAAAAACAUAAUAGAAGCAUUAAAAGUUACUGGAAAUAAUCAAUUUAAUGCUUGUGAAUGGUUACUUGGUGAACGACGACCUAGUUUACAAGAUUUAGAUGUUGGCCUUGACACAAACGAAUCCAUUUAUCACGCAAUUAUAAGCAAUCCUCAAAUACAACUCAGCCUUAAUAAUCCAAAAGUGCUUCUUGCAUACUUAACAAUGCUAGAAACACCUUCAGCAUCAUCUGUGUGGAUCAAUGAUCCUGAAAUAUAUCCUGUAUUCAAUCAAAUAUUUAAAACAUAUCAUGCUGAAAAACAUGCCAUCCAUAUGAAUCGUUCUAGGAUGAAUUAA